AUGGGAUCACUUAUAGAUGAGCUCCCAGCCCCAAUUGUGCGCUGCGCUAUAGCUCGGUCACCACGGAUCCCGAUUAUAAAGACGGGGCUUACUCUUAACCAUGCACCAUAUCACCCUCAAACCUGCUCCCCCUCCACUAUCUUCCCUGGCUAUCUUUUGGAUUUCUCAACGAUGAGCUCGUCAAAUGCACAGGAAUCAAAUACGAAUGAAAACGACCCUCCCGCUGCAACGCCACGCAGAACGCCUAUGGCGUGCACCUUUUGUAGAGGCCGUAAACUCAAAUGCGACGGCCGUUCGACAUGUGCCAACUGCGAACGCCGGGGUAUACCUUGCGUCUAUGUGCCUGUCUCCGAACAACAGAAGUAG